UGAGAGCUUUACGUAACUGUAAUGCUAUAAAAACUCAGGACAACAAACAAAACAUGUCAGCCAGCUAGAAAACAAACAAACAAACAAACAAACAAACAACGUAUCAAACAAACAAACAAACGCUUCAAAGUCGAUUUAAUCGGUUCAGGUCGACGCAGGAAGGUCUCGAUCAGCGCGUUUACUUUAGCUAGCUAAACGAGUUUAAUGCCGUUUGUUAUUGAACAUUUUUGCAUUUUAAUCUCCCGUUAAAUGAUCCGUUAGUGUGUUUACGGCGGUAAAUCCGAGGGUCGCGGCCAUGGUGGAGGACGCAGAGCUUCAGGACAUUUAGUACUUUCUCAGAGCGACCUGACAUCCCUGCUCACCGUGAAGCAAAGAAACGCACAUUUAUUUUACACAGUUAUCCUCUGUUUUUACAUUUAAACAAGCAUGGCUUCUGCUUUGUUCAGAAGAGGAUCAGGAUUAUGUGCAAGAUGUAUUCACAGGGAGUUGUGCAGAGUAGUAUGGAGGCCGCAAACUGCCCUGUUCAGCUCCAAACCAUCAGACAAAAAACAGCCACGCAGGACACACAUCAAGAAAGCGAAGCCUCAGCCAGCGGUGGAUAUCGCCAAACUCCUGGAGCAACUCUACUCCCAGCGCAGGCCGGCCACGACGCCUCCCGCCGGGACAGCUCGACCUGUCAAAGCCUUUUCCACACCUACCAAACCUCCUGCCGCCUCCUCAGAGAAAGUUCCUCCUUUGUCAAAGACAGAUCCAGCAGUUUCUGUCUUUUCUGCUGCUUCUAGCUCAAAAACCGUAGAUACCGACAGUGUUGCUACAACCUCAGGUCCCUCCCCAACCAGCACAACACCUGCACCAACAGAAACGGCUCCAAUAGAAAGCAAAACCUCGGCUGAAACAAAAGAAACAAAUGUAGAAACGGCUUCAUCAUCUCUUUCAGGUGCUUCAGUAGAACCCUUAAUAGAAACGACAAUAGAAUCACCAGUAGAGCCUGUCCUUUCUGCUGUGGAAACACUAGAAUUUGCUGAAGGUCCAGUAGAGCCCAAAAUAGAUGCUGCAUCUGAAGAUGCUCAAACCAAAGGCACAAACUCAGGAACUUAUGAUGUCUCACACUCUACCAAAGGAGAACCCUUAAUAGAAACCAUAGUAGAAUCACCAGUAGAAGUUAGCCAUUCCCCUGUGGAAACACUAGACGUUUCUGCCAUUGCUGAAGGUCCAAUAGAGCCCGCAGUAGACGCUCCAGCUGAAGACGUGCAAACCAAAGACUCACAAGUCUUACAGACUACUAAAGAAGAACCUUUAAUAGAAACUACAGUAGAAUCACCAGUAGAAGCCAACCAGUCUCCUGUGGAAACACUAGAAACAAGAGCUGUAGUUGUUGAGGGUCCAGUAGAACCGAUUAUAGAUGUCAAAGUAGAUGUAGCAGCUCAGAAAGUAGAAACCAAAAGCACAGACUCAGGAGUGGUUGACAUUCCACACACUGCAACAGUAGAAUCCUCAUUAGAUGCAGUUGAAGCAUCAGUAGAAGCCAGCACCUGUCAUCUGGAAACACUAGAGAGUAGAGCUGCUGAAGAAUCAGUAGAAACCAACAGCACAGACUCAGGAGUGGUCUCACACAGUGCCAAAGAGGAACUUUUAAUAGAAACUACAAUAGAACCAACAGUAGAGGCCAGCACCUCUCCUAUUUCUGAAGGUGCAGUAGAGUCUGCAAUAGAAGCAGUUGUCAACCUUUCACAUUCUGCCUUAAUGCAAAAUUUGCAAGAAUCUGCACCCUUGCCUAUGAAAAACGAAUCCACAGUAGAGUCCACAGUAGAAUCAGUGAGUGACGGCGUGGAGGAGGGGGUGAACAAGUCUGAGGAAAUGACUUUAGAGUCCGUGACGCUCCACGUAGACGAGGUUCUGGUCGCGUCUUUACAAACGGAUGAGCUCCUCCAAACGAAAUCUAUCCUCGAUGAAAAAGCAGAAAAGCAGCUGCAGGAGUCGUCCGUCCAGACGGAGAUCGAGAACAAAGCUGCAGCUGAAAGUGAGAGUUCAAGCGAAGACGAAAGCGAGAUUUUAACCGACUCUCUUUCAAAAUGGGACACUCUGUCUGAAGAUCUUCAAGAGUUAGAAGGUGAAAGUGGCGCGUUGGUGAACGAGCUGCUCUAUCAUGUUCCUGCGGCACUUUCCAAAACUCCUGGCACGAGUUCAGCCUCUGAUCCACCUGCAGGAGCAAACGGAGAGCAGACGGAGGAGACGGAGGAGACGGAGGCAGAGGCGAUGACGCUGGAAUCGAUAACUUUAGCAAAAGUGAAAGCCGAAGUUGAAAAUCUUGAAACCGAAGUUUUUCUAGAAAUGAGAGAUGCACUUGAGAAAGAAGCUGAGGUGCAAGCUAAAGAGGAGACGUUGGAAGACGUUGCUAUUUUCGAGGACGAAACAGAGGCUGAAUUAUUAGCCAGACUGGAUUCUGUCUCUGAAGCCACAGACGCUUUAGAAGCGGAGACAUCCGUCCUGCUGGAGGCCAUGUUCGGUUCUGAGCAAGGAUCGAGGCUGCCCCCUGAAGCUUUGCUCGUUGACCAGAAACUGGAGCGGCAGGAUGAAGCGACAAGUUCGGAAGUCAAAAAAGAUUCGGACGAGCAGGACAGAAGUGUUCUGGAGACGAUGAGUCUGGAGUCUGUGACUCUGGCUGAAGUUGAGGCGUCUUUGGGAAAUCUCGAGGACGAAUUUCUGAGUGAAACUACAGAUUAUCUGGAGAGAGAAGCUGAAAUUGUUGCUGGAGAGACGAUGGUGGAGGUAGAGGACGUGGUGGUGUCUGAAGAGACGACUGAGGCUCCGAAGAUCGAGUCUCUGUCUCUGCCUGAAGGUGACGCUCUGUCUGAAGAUCUGCAGUUAGACACGCUGAUGGAGGACUUGUUUUUUUCCGUUCCUGGACACGCGACAGGCGUAACUGAAGGCCCGAUCAGUCAGGAGGUUGUAACAGCGAAUAUUUUGGAUGCGACAGUAGCCGAUGGGUCAGUCGACGCUGAUACAGCGGCUGCAGUGACAGAUGAUUCUCCAGCUUCUCCUGCUCUGGAGGAGGUGCUGCAGGGACAGGAGGAGGAGGAGGAGGAGGAGGUGAAGGAGGAGGGAGCACAGGCUGAAGCCUUCGCAGAUUUAGAUCCAGUUCAGAGACUCUUCCUGGAGAAGAUCAAAGAAUACAACAACAUGCGCAGGUUGAAUGGAGGACUGUUGGGGGCGGAGCCAGAUUACGAAAAAUACCUGUCAGAGGAGACCGCAAAGCUCCAGAGACAGUAUGGUGGAGGAGACCUGAGCAGCUUCCCUGAGUUCACCUUCAGCGAGCCCAAUAUGGACCCGGACUCCAAAUGAUCCAUGACGCCUACCUCCUACUCUUUGUGCUCUUUUUUGGAGAUCUCUCUGUCUUCCUCCUCCGUUACCUCCUCAUUUCAGUUUCUAGAACAGAAAAAGGGAGAAAAAGAAGCAUAGAAAGUUUGUUUUGGUGAUCUGCCAUAAAAAUAAGGGAACUUAUAAUGAAAAUAUAUUCCCGGCUGUUUGUAUUGUGCAAUAAAAAUAGCAGCAAAUUAUAUAUGAAUAUUCUAUUUUAUUAAA